UCGUGGUGCGGAGGAGCCGGGCGUGGAGCAGGACAAUGCCUAAGUCAAAGGAACUUGUGUCUUCAAGCUCAUCUGCCAGUGAUUCAGAUAGUGAAGUUGAUAAAAAGGCAAAGCGGAAAAAGCAAGCAGCUCCAGAAAAGCCUGUAAAGAAACAAAAGACUGGUGAAAGUUCAAAAGGUGCAGCUUCUUCUAAGCAAAGCAGUAACAGAGACGAGAAUAUGUUUCAGAUUGGCAAAAUGAGGUAUGUCAGUGUUCGUGACUUUAAAGGGAAAGUCUUAAUUGAUAUUAGAGAAUAUUGGAUGGAUCAAGAAGGUGAAAUGAAGCCUGGCAGAAAAGGUAUUUCUUUAAAUCCAGAACAGUGGAACCAGCUGAAGGAACAGAUUUCUGAUAUUGAUGAUGCAGUAAGAAAACUGUAAAGACAGAGCCAUACAGGAACUGUUAUCAUUUCAGUUGUUUUAAGCGGUCUUUUUACAUUGGCUUGUGUUUUCUAAAAUAUUGUUUUACAAGCUAUUGUAUAUUUGGAUUGCAAAACGAUUUGUAAGAUGAAUACUUUUUUUAUGUGCAUUAAAAGUGUAUUCUGAGUGAGGCUAUUUGUGUAUACUUUACUAAAAGGAAAUGUGUUGCUUUCACCUCAUGGUGUAAAAUAAACAAAUCAAAUAAUAUGUAAAGCUUAUUUGUUUAUGGCCUUUUGAUUGAAGGUGUUUGCUGAUAAGGCCACCUAAUAGCUUUAGUCUUUGUUUUAGUUUCAGUUUAGUUAACUGUUAAUAUGAAUUUGUUUUCUGAGGAGAUUUCUUAAAAUGUCUCCAUUUAAUUUUUUUCUUUUGUUUCAUACUCUUUGGUAUUGCCCUGACAGCUUUCUGCUGUAAGACUUGAUACAAACAGUGAAUACUUGGUAAAACACAUUUUUGUAGAUAAUUUUAAAUACCGUAUUUGCUAAUUUACCCUAUUUAUUCAGAUGUAAACAGUCCUGAGUAUAUAGACCUUUUUGCAUUACUUGCAUGAAGUGUUACCCUAAACAAUAACACUUGAACACAAAUCACAUACUAUUUCUUCCCAGUUUUCUAUAGCUUGCUUGCCUUAGAAAAUACAGUUAGCCUUUUUUCUUGGACCCUAGGUUUUAGAAUGUGAUGCAUAAACUUUUACAGUAAUAGACAUAUACCUCAGAGUAAGAUAGUAUUUAAAAGUUCCAAAUGUGGUUAUUAGUUAGGUACCCUUUUCAAGCUUUGCAUUAAAUUCAUUUUUGAACACAUACUAACUAGUUAUUCUAUAGAAAAGAACAGUUGACCUGUAUUUGUAGGGCUUUUGUUCGAGAGGAUUGCAUAAAAACUGAUGCUUAAACUAGGCUGUAAUACAGGUUAAACAGUCAAAACAGGGUUAAAACUGCUUCAGCGAAAAUGUCUGGCUAUCAUGCUUCUGCCCUCUCCACACUGCCUGCCCAAACCACUUAACUUGGCUUGCUUUGUGUGGCUUAGAUGUGCACAGCUGUUUUCUCUUGUACAGAAGAUAUGUAGUGCUUACAGGGGAGUGCUGGUACAUAGUGGUUCGUGACUCUAGCAAACUUCGCUUGUCAACCGUUGUACUAUUCUGGUAAGAGAAGCUUCUGUCCAGUAGAAGCUCUGUUAAGACUAGAUGCUGCACCAGUUGAAGGGCUUCUUGGUAGGUGUCACAAACAGUGGAAUGAAGAAGGGAGAAUAUGAUUUUUGAGUAGAACUUGGAGAGAUAAGGAGCACGCCAGUAUGGAAGUUAACAGUGAAGGAUCAAAGUUAGUGGACACAUAAUAACUACAGUGAAGAAAUGUAUGUUAGUGGAAUUGGAGAAGAGUUCAUUUUGUGACUUAAUUCAUUUAAUCGAAGGAAGAAGAUGAAACGACUUCAUGAAAAUUGACAUUUCAAGACUAUGUAGUGAAUGUACAACUUAAUUGGUUCGGCUGUAAUUUUCCCAUUUGAUGUUAAACAAUGUCUUUUUAAAAUUUUGUAUAGAUAAACAGGAUUUACUAUUUGUUUGAUUUUGAAAUAUCUUAAUAUAAUUCUUUAUAUUGCAGACAUGCAUGGAAGUGCCAUACACAGACUGUUCCUGUGCUGCAGAGUUUAUAAUUCAAAUAGGUAUUGAAGGGUGAGGAAGGGUGACUUCAUCAGGUUAAAUAUAUAUAAUUUAAUUUAAAUAUUAUGCCAGAUACUUCCAUCUGCUUUUUGACUUACCCGUUGUUGACAUAUUACAAAUCAAGUUAAGUUCUGUUUUUGUAUAGCUCGGGAAAUCUUGAGUUUUUAAGAACUGCUUGAGGGUGAAUAAAAGGGUGAAGAGAUGUUUUGUGGUGGCAGAUGCAUUUUUGGGCGCAACAUUCUUUUUUGAGUGACUAAAGCAUAUAGGGAUAUUUGGACCAAAUAGAAUAAAUAUUAAAUGUCUGCUAAAAUUUCACAGAUGAGUGAAUGAAGUAAAUUGCUUCAGAUCACUAUCGACAGGUUCUAGGUGUUUUUUAUUUACGGUGUGUAUAUAUAUAUGAUUUUUUUUCCUUCAAAUCUGAAGUUUUGCAACCAGAUUUCACCCAUUUUACCUCAAAAGUUCAAUGUGGCUACUUUAAAGUGCAUGAUAUAUUAAAGGGAACGUUGUCCUCACUUAGAUUACUGUGAUAGUAGGUCAUUGGAUGGCAGUUGUGUAUGAGAGUAUAAUAUAAUUGUGUUCAGGAAAGUGGAGAACUAAUUCAUUUAGGGGAAGUAAGUGAAAAAGUUUUAAUACAGUGAUUAGUUCUCUUGUGGAAGCUGAUGGUAGAGGUGUUCAAAGAAAUUAUGAUUUGUUAACCAAGAACUAUUAGUUUCUGUUACAGAUAACCCACUUGCUGAAAUUGUGGUGAUAAUUACUGGAGCUGUUUAUGCCAUUUUACUUGAUAAAACUGGGGGCAGUUUGAUUUUGCUUAGCUUCUGUGUUUAAAAAUAAGUUUUCCACCUGCCAGUUAUAUUUCUGCCUGUAAUAAUGAUAAAAUACCUUAUAUUUUACCUGAGCCAAUCUUAAUAUCUGCAUGAAUGUCCUACAAAAAAAAAAAACUAAAUAAACCAGUCAGUUUCACAAAUGAACUGAAAAUGGGAUGAGUUGAAUUGUGAGAGAAUUCAUUGCACCUCAGAUGACUGGUGUGCUUGACACAUUCAAUGUUAUUUUGAAAUAAAUAGUUGGUAGUGAUUUGUCAUGUAAUUGUCUAUGGCUGUAGUCUUUCUAAUUUGAGAAGAAAAUUCAGAUUUUUUUCAAUAAAGAUUAUUUUCUUGCAGACAAAAUGGUAGCUAGUUAGGGUACGUGUAGAAAUGCACAUGGAUGAAAAUUGUGCAUGUAUGAACAGGCUGUAUAAUACGAGAUAAAAACACUGCUCCCUUUCCCACUGAAGUGGGAAAAGCAAGAUACAUUUCAUUUUUGAUGUUUAUGCAGGGCAUAGUAGCAAUAUGUUUUAUAAAUUAAACCUACUGUGGAACUUAGGAGGAAAAAUAUGUCACAGUUAAAGCUGCCAAAGUACCAUAUGUGUGAUAAACUGUCAUGUACGAUGUUGCUCUUAUGUAGAGAUGUUCAUAUUGAAAUUAAACAAAUGCAGUACUAAGUUUGAUAUUUCUGUUAAAGGAAAUGCCCCAGUUACGUACUUCUUAUGUGGUCUGUUAGCAAAAAAAAUGAUUAUUGUAAUUCUGGUAACUCAAAUGUCAUAUUGUUAACCAUGUGGAAUGUUCCAUGUUUUGCUCUGGUGGUACACACUGCAGAGAGGCCACUGGAAAUAUAAGCCCUCCAACUGUAACUACCUUAACGUUCAAAUAAAAAAUAGUUAAAUGGCA